AUGGCCUCGCGACCAACCCUCAGCCCGCGCGACCGGCUCAGUUCCGUGUCCUCGAGCGCCACCGCUAGAAAACGCCAUCGUCGCUCCGGUUAUAUCUUGACAUGCGCCAAUUGUCGGAGAAGAAAGACCCGCUGCGAUGGCGGUCAACCCUCGUGUUUGAUAUGCCAGGCCUACCACGAUGAAUGCUGCUACGACAAAGCCCCGCCCAUGUCCCAGAUCACAUGGAUGGCAAAGCGUUUGCAAGAGCUCGAACUCCUCGUUAGCGACUCGCGUUCCGUCAUCGACAGCGCCGAAACACCAGCGCCCAAGCUUGCUCCCUCACCAGUGAGCCCAGAGUCGACGUCAAAUUCUGUCGAGGCUCAAGGGCCAGCUCCCGAGCUCCCGGAUCUCAACGUGGAUGCGAAUGGCCGGUAUAUAUACUACGGAUCUACCUCAGCAUUGGAACAUCCCUUCUCCGAAGUAGAUGCAGACCAUUCUUCCGAGUACGAAAAAAGCGAGGCACGAACGAAUUUGGUCACGAGUGCCCUUCAUUCUCGACGCAUGGAAGAAAUCUCAUUGGGCAAUGCCGCCUUGCGAGUCGAUAUUCCUAGGGAACUCGUCGAUCAGUUGCUCAACACGCACUGGACAUGGAUUCAUCCGGUGUUUAUGUUUAUAUAUCGGCCUGCUUUCAUGCGUGACAUGGGAUCUGGCGGCAAAUACUUUUCUCAGCUCUUGCUGAGCGUAAUGUGUUGUCACUCAACGCGAUUCACCAAAAAAGAACUGGCGGCGCAAUUGCUGAUGCGGGUGCAUCUUCUUUUGGGGGAGCAAAUACAGGACAACAUUUCAAUCCCUACCGUCCAAGCACUGUUGCAACUUAGUGCCCGUCAAGUUGGCCAGGGCGCCGUCUCCCAAGGAUGGUUGUACAGCGGGAUUGCCUUUCGCAUGGCUAUUGACUUGGGUCUAUUUAACAAGACCGACCCGACGACAUGUAGUGCCGAAGACCGAGAAAUACGGAAACGACUGGCGUGGUCGUGCUUUUCCUGGGACAAGGCGAUGAGUUUGUAUCUUGGCAGAAUGCCUGCACUACGAGAGCCUCCCAUGGUCGAUCUAACACUAUUGGAUGACUUUGCGGAACAUGAGCUAUGGCAGCCUUACUACGGAGCCGAUGGCGACUCGCUGAAAAACUAUCCAGAGACGCCGUGCUACACGGUCUCGUGUUUCAUUAGCCUCUGUAGACUGAGUGUGAUUAUCAAUGACAUUAUCCUCGGUCUCUACUCCGGCAGGAAACCGGAGAAUGUCGGCACGUUGGUGCGGAACAUACGUCACCAGCUAGAGCUGUGGUGGGUUACUCUGCCGGCACAUCUCCGAAUCGACACUAGUAAUAUACCAGCAAUUCUACCGCCACCUCAUAUAAUUUCGUUGAAUAUUUUCUACCACACAAGCAUCAUUCUUCUGCAUCGCCCGUUCCGGAGCGCGCCUGACUGCCGUACCAAUUGCCGUCAAGCGUCUCAAGCAGUCGAAUCAAUCGUUGUGGGGUAUGGAAACACCUUUGGAUUUAACCGAAUCCCAUAUUUGAUGUCGUAUUGCAUCUAUACAGCAGCGACAAUUGUGAUGGAAGACCUAAAGGAUGGAUUUUCAGGCGACCGCGAGCGUAUAGAAAUGUUCCUGGAAGCGCUGGAAUGCGCCAAGGUAUCAUGCCCUGGCAUCCAACAGAGCAUUGACAUCAUCCGACGCAACCUAUCGCCGACUAUGCCAACAUCAAACCCAGUGAUGAUACCAAGUUACAUCCAGGCACACCCCGUCAUGGACCCCUCGAUUCCCACAUUUCCUUUCCUAUCCAUGGAAGGCAUGGCUGCCGGUGACUAUGGUAUGCUAUCGUCGAAUCAGCCAUACUUUGCAACUUUCACCAAUUCAUUCCAGGAGUAG